UGCGCGCGGAGAGGACGUUUACUCAGUGGCAACGUUCACGAGAGACUGCAAGCGUGAUACCAUUCCGAAGCUGACUGUUAGUUUCUUUUUCUGUUUUCCUCCCGCCGGUUCUUCAGUGAGUGUUCAUCUCUAGUUACCUCUCGCGGAACUGAGUAGUGAUUCGACUGCUGUGAACUGACCUAAUUCUGUGGUACUUUGGGAAGAUCGUUUCCGCUGCGACCUGAGAGUGAUUCGACAGCGGUCAGGAGUGUGUGCAUGCGUCGAGCUGUAACGAGUUUAACAUUGACAUACUUGGUUCUGCCAGCCGGGGCGACAUAUUCGGUGCGAACCGUGCAGCACUGAGACGAAAGCAACAACGGAGCUCAAAGUGAGAAGCGACACUUUUUCCGCCGACAGCAGACUUUCUAUCGACUCGGACUGUCCGCGUUCGGCCGCGCAUCGACUUGCCAGCGCAGCACUCGCCACAUCGACCGGCAGCCAAGGCGCUUUAUUUAUAAACACUCGAUCGGCCAGCGCCGCAUCAGAAGUGGCUAACCGGCAGCGGCGCCAUCUCGAGACCGUAGCAACGUUUCGAGGAAGUGAGUUUGGAGCUCGGCUGUCACCCCUGCGUCCAGGCUGCAGGAGUAGUCACUACCGCACGAGACUGUCGUUACACACCUAGGUGUCUGAUUUGUGGAGAGGAGAGUGACUGGUCCAGUUUUGGAAGCAGUUGAAGGUGAGUGUAUUGGAGUGUUUGGAAGCUUUUCACGUGGGACUGUCCAGUAGCAGACCGGCGCCAUGGCAUUUAUGAUGCCCGUGGUGAAGAACGACUGGGAUAUUUACAAGACGGGAAGGUCGAGGCGGAGUUCGGAGUGUUCCAACCCCCAGUCGUGCCCCCGCUCGAGGAAGGUCAGCGAGUGCAGCAAGUCUGAAGGCCCCAGCCUGUCGACGUCCCCAGGGAGCGACUUUGUGGUGGGUGGAGUGGCCUCACCGGGCCACCAUAGGGCUUCGGUGCCGGUCGCCAUGUCCUCCAUGAGCCGGCAGUUCUCCAGCAGGGCGUCAUCCAGGGCGUCUCUCCAGUCGCCGUGCAAGUCCGCCUCCUGUUCGCCCCCGAAGGCGGCGAGCCUGCACGCCGGGGGCGGGGGCCACCACGGGGGCGGCGGGCACCACCACCAGUCGUCGGCGCCGGCGGCGUCCAGCUCCGCCUCGCAGAGCUCGCUCAACAAGUUCCACUCGCGGCUGGUGGACAAGCUGAAGCGGUCGGUGCUGCGCAAGGAGAGCACCGUGACGCCGCCCCCGGCGGGGGCGGUCGCCGCCUCCUGAGGCGAGGAGACGGCGGAGGACGCGCUCGCCCUGGCGGCGGCAGUUUCUUCGUCGGCGUCCUCCACGGUCUCGGUCCCGUCCCCCGGGGGUGGCGCCGGCACUGCCCCAGGGGGCGGCGGCGUGCCCAUACCGGGGGCGGGUGGGCGCCGCCACGGCCAGCAGCGCGUCGCCAGGUCGUUCCCCGG